CUUUCAGCAAUUAUUCUGUGCGUUUCUGCAAGUGCACAGGCUGCCUCAACCAUGUCCAUCAUCUCUCCAGGGGUCAACCACUGAGUGAAUUUCUUUCUCUCUUUCUCUCUCUAAUAAACAUACAAUCAACAUGGCUGGGGAGUGUGUUCCCGAGGGGCCGGACCUGAAAGAGAUGGGUGAAGAGGCGCUGUGGGAACUGAUUAAUGACAACCGCCACCGAAUCUCCUUGGGCGUGCGGCCGUGCAUGCUGAUCCCAUACCUGAGGCAGGCCAGGGUGCUCACCGAGAUGGAUGAAGAUGAGAUCCUCUCCUGCCACAACCUCACCAACCGCUCCAUGAGAACAAGCUUCAUGCUGGACCUGCUGAGAACCCAGGGGAGAAAUGGUGCUAUUGCUCUGUUGGAGAGCCUGAUGAUCCACUACCCAACCCUUUACACCCAGGUCACUGGACAGCGGCCCAGCACUGAGCCUUCAAAAUUCAGCGGCCUCAUAAAAUACUCAGAGCUGACAGAGUAUCUGGUCAGAGCUGUAACAGGGAUGCAGAAGGAGCUCCAGGAGGCCCGUCAUGAGGCCAGCCAUCUUAGUAUGCGCUGCGCCUCCUUUGAGUCAGAGAUUGGCCAGAUGAUGGAGCAGGAAGAGAAGACUCGAUGCUUCCAGGCAGACUAUGAGCACAUGCAAAGACAGCUGACCACCGCACACCAGGAGAUCGCCAAACUGAAAGAUGAGAAGUGCGACUUGUAUGGGCGCUACACGGCCGCCAUCGAGGAGAAGUCGGCUGUGAAUAUCCACUGCCGGGACCUCAACCUUCAGAUAUAUCAGCUGCAGACUGAGCUGCUUAAGGCCCAAAAAGAGACCGACUUCCAGAGGCGGCACUCACUCAGAUGUGCUUCUCCAGUUGAGACACAGCAGCUACGGGAAGAAGUCAGCCUCCUGCGCUGCAAGCUGCUGGUGGCUGAGAAAUUUACGCCGGCUUGUGAAGACAUCCUGGCCCAGGACCUGGCUGAGGCCAUGGAUGGCCGCAUGGAGCUAGUGAAGCAGCUCAGGUGUUACCAAGAGGAUAACCAAUGCCUGGUCAGGGAGAAAGAAGAGCUCCUGGAUGAGAAGGAGUGUCUGAAUCUGCAGGUACAGCAUCUGACUCUGGACUGUGACAUGUACAAGCAGAGGGGCACAGUGAUUCAGGGCCAGCUUAGAGAGCUGCAGGCAGAGAGAGACCAAGCAUACUUAUCAAGAGAUGAAGCUCAAGCCCGAAUAGCUCAAAGCCUGGCUGAGAAGGACGCCUUGAGGAGCCAGCUGGUGGAGCUCCAGGAGAGGCUCUUUACAGUGCAAGCCAGGAGGGACUGUGAGGUCAAGCAGGCUCCACGGCUACACUCUCCCAGUGGCAACAGCACUGAUGGCCUCUCCAAAACAUCAGCUCCUCCCUUCCUGAUGCGCUCUCGACCGCAGGCCAUCCGCAUCACAGACCGCACCCUAACCAUCUCCUUCCAGGCUGAGGCACUGCUGAGCCAACUGAUGGUGGUCGGGGGCAACAAGACGGGUGUGUUUGUGCACCAAGUGAUGGAAGGCACUACCGCCCACACUGUCGGCAUCAGCCCAGGAGCACAGAUAGUAGAGGUGAAGUAUGAGCAGAAGCAGCGGGCUCUGAGGAUGGUGCUGCAAGACUCCACCUUAGAGGAGGCUCUGUGGGCACUGGACCAGGUUAGAGGCUUCUGCCACCUCUCUCUACGACCCAGCCAAGAUGCCUAUGAGAAUCUCCUGCAGCAGUUGCAGAAUGGCGAGGUGUCCUCCGGAGACUCCUUCUACAUCCGUGUCAACAUGUCCCUGCCUGGCAGCACCAGUGGAGCCCUGGCCGUGUCCUGUAAUGAGAUCCUGCAUGUGACAAAUACACGGCCCACUAGUACCAAGGGCUCCUGGCAGUGCUGCCAUGUCCAUCUCUGCCAGCUGCUGGAUCUGCAGAGCGGCACGGUGCCUAACUACUACAGGGCACAGCGCCUUUUGAUCAGAGCAAUUGAAGACAUGUGCUUCCAAACAAAUACCCAAAAAGGGGAACGAAUGGUGACCCAGGACAAACAGAAGGCAGUGAGGAUUGUAAGCUCUGGACGCCAGGGGAGGAAUCCUCUGUGGCUCAGUGUGGAGGACCACAAAAAUGAGGGCACAGAGGCAGAUGACGUGUCUGUGCCCAGAGGAUGCGUGACCCUCAUGCCCUACACCCUGGUCACCCCCCAUUAUCCUCCCAUUUGCAGACCCAUCUUGCUGUUGCCCAGUAUCCUGGGACGCAUCCUCGACAAAAAACUGGCCAGCUGGCAGGGCUUUCAGCUCUGUGAGCCCGAGGUGCUGAGCUGCAGUGAACAUGCUGCCAAGCUGCAGAGGUCAGAGGUGCUGGAGGAGUGUGAGCAGGGGGGCAACCUUUGUUUCACGUUGCAAAGUGUGGAGAAAGUCAUGAAGACGGGGACUCACUGUGUUCUUCCUCUGGGCCUUGACUGUGUACGUCGGCUCCACAGAGCUGAAAUCUUCCCCAUCAUUAUUUUCAUCGCCCAGUCUGCAUGCAGUGCACGUAAACUCAGGUCCAAGCUUCAUCGACACCGCCGGUCAGAGGAGCAGCUUUUGGCAUGUUCACGGAGCGAGGAGCCUUUGCUAGACAAGCUGCCCUGCCUGUACCGCAGCGUGGCACCGGACACCUGGUGCGACAGCGGCUCCCUCCUGACCAACCUGCGCACCAUUAUCUGGGAGGAGCAGAAGAAGAUAGUUUGGGUGGAGCCAGACCUCUGGUGACAGGGAGGAAGGAAUGGAAAUGACUUGAGGAAAAUGUACAUGUAGAAGAAGGCUGUGUGGGAAACAAUGUUGAAUUUACUAGAGUAGAUUCACAGACUAAUGAU